UCCGGUGCCGGGCUCCAGCUUCCUUUUCCGGCGGCGACAUGGCGAAGGCGCGCGUGGUGCCGAGCGAUUUGUUCCCGCUGGUCUUCGCCUUCCUGCAAGAAAACCAUUUCGAGGGGGCAGCGCGGGCUUUCGGGAAAGCGGCCGGCGUGACAAAACAAGACCCCAAUGCUGCUUCUCUCCUAGAUGUCUUCAACUACUGGCUGAAGUCACCUGAAGCCAAAAAAAGACAAGCUGUUCCCAAUGGUCCUCCAGCGAAGAAGGCAAAGAAAGAAUCUUCAUCCAGUUCUGACAGCUCCAGUGAAGAUGAGAAGCCCCCAGCUAAAAAACAAGCAGCCAAGCCUGCUGCUGUAGCCAAAGUGCCAGCAAAGAAAGCUCCUGAGAGCAGCAGUGAUGAUUCUAGCGACUCUUCCGAUUCAGAGCAAGAGAAGAAGUCGCCAGCAAAGAAGGGAACAGGUCUCCCAGUUAAGAAAGCUAUCGUGAAAACAAAAGCGCAGAAGAAACCCAGCAGUUCUAGUUCAGAUUCAAGUAGCUCGGAAGAUGAAACUCCAAAGAAGCAGCAGCCAAAGCCAGAGGGAGGCAAAAAGGGAGCAAAGACAGCUUCUAAACCAGCAGCAAAAGUCACCAAGGUGGCGCCCAAAAUUACCAAUGGCAAAGCGGAAAGUAGCAGUGACAGCAGCAGCAGCAGUGAGGAUUCUGAUUCAGAAAAGGGUCCACCUGCGAAGAGUGAGCCAAAGAAAACUCCGCAGUCCAAACCUGAAGCCGCUCGUCUGCCCACAAAGAAGCAAAGCAGCAGCAGCAGUAGUGAUGAUUCUUCUGACAGUUCAGCAAGUGGGAAGCAAGUGUCAAAGCCGAAGGCAGGCCAGUACAGCGCUGUGCCGCCUCCUUCGUCCAUAGAGUCAAGGAAGGGCAAAGCACAAUCUCUAUCUGUAAAGACUUCUAAGAAAAAGGUGGAAAACCAUGAUGAAAAGGAGCAGGCGCCUAAGAAGAAAACAGCACCUAAAGGACCUGCGGCUAAGCCAUCACCUACCCCCAAAUCUGCUGCUGUUUCCACCCAAAAAGAAGAGACUAGUUCAGACAGUGACUCAGAUAGUAGCUCUGAAGAAGACAAGAAGCUUCCUGCCAAAUCGCCUGCAACAAAGGUUUCGGCUAAACCCGCUCCGUCAAAGGCAGCGACCAGCUCUUCUGAUAGCUCAGAUUCUGACAGCUCUGAGGAUGAAACUCCUGCAGUUAAACCAGCUAAAAAGGCGGCAAAGAAGAUUCCUGUGAUGGUUGGAAAGAAGGCGGAUGCUGUCUCUGGGGAUAAGAGAGUUGCUCCCCCAAAAACUGGCGCAAAGAGUCCCAAGUCAGGAUCCAAACCUAGCCUCUCUGCCUCCCAAGCAAGCAGUUCUUCAGAUUCCAGCAGCAGCGACUCAAGUAGUGAAGAGGAGCAGAGCAAGCCUGCCCAGAAGUCGGCUAAGAAGUCGCAGGCCAAGCCCGUUCAGAAGUCGGCUAGCAAAUCUGCCAGCAGCAAGAGCACAGUGGCUUCGAAGCAGGCAGAGUCCGACAGCAGCAGCUCUUCCGACAGCUCCAGCGACGACGAGUCCAAAGCGGCAGAGGAGGGGCUAAAGAAUAAAGUGAAGAAAAACAGCAAGCCGUCGAAGAAAAAGGCAUCGAAAGCGUCGUCUGCGCCUGCAGGCAAAACACCGUCUUCCAAGAAUCUUGCAUCUGAAGCAGCUAGCGAUGGGGAGAGCAGCAGUUCUGAUGAUGAAGAUGACAAUGGGGCUGUAAAUGGAGGCCAAUCCAAGAAGAAACGAAAAAGGGAGGACAGCCAGGGGCAAGAGACACCAGAUGCCGGGAAGAACAAGAAACCCAAAACGCCACAUACGUUCCCCAAGAUGAAGCGGCAGUCCAGUCCUUUCCGCAGAGUAAAAGCAGAAGAGAUUGAGGUGGAUGCACGAGUAGCAAACAAUUCAUUUGAUGCCAAGAAAGGAGCUGCAGGUGACUGGGGCGAAAAGGCCAACGAAGUCCUGAAAUUUACGAAAGGGAAAUCCUUCCGACACGAGAAGACAAAGAAGAAGAGGGGAAGUUACUGCGGCGGCGCAAUCUCCACGCAGAUAAACUCCAUCAAAUUUGAAAGCGACUAAACUUUAGUUGCCUCUGCAGAACCCAAGGCCUGAGCAUGUGAAAAAAAUGCAGAGUGUAGUGGGAUAUCUGUUCCUCAAAGCAUCAACUCCUGUAUUGGUAACAUGGGAAGAUGGUUGCUCUUUUACGUAAUGACAAAACGUAGCCGUGUCUGUGACUGUCUCUUGAGGA